AUGGUCGAGUUCGCCAGCAUCGGGAUAAUCCUCGGCGUGGUCGCGCUGGUCGCGGUGAUCCUGUUCGCGAUAGGCUGCGUAGUGUGCUGCCGCGCCAAGGCGGGUGGCGAUCCGGCCAAGGAGGAGGAUGCCGCCGUCGUUGGCCGGCGCGAAGGGUUGUUGAACAAAGAGGCGGCCGUCGACGUCCCGGCCGCUGGGCAGAUCAACAAGCGCGAGGAGGAGCGGCCGUGCGCGAUAUGCAAGGGGCCGCUGGCGGCGGCGGGCGCGGGGCCGUGCCGGCGGCUGCGGGCGUGCGGGCACGUGUACCACGCGGAGUGCGUCGACCUGUGGCUGCAAAGGAAGACCAUCUGCCCGCUGUGCCGGGCCAGCGUCGUCGUCUCGCGGACGGACAUCGUCGACGCCGUCGUGUGA